UUGACUUUUGACAUUCUAUUAGAUCAGAGGCAUUGCAGAUGGUGCUUACCAAAGCCAGUCGGCCCUUCCAGUGAAUCAAUCUUUGGCUAUUGCACGGAAGGGCAAAAAAAUGAAACAUAUGUAUUCGAUAGUGAUUUCUGCCAAACGAAAUUUACUAUACUGCCGAUCAUUUUUAUGAUCCUCUACUUAGUGUUCUUUGCUAUUGGAUAUGCGCCACUUUGCUGGGUACUAAAUGGCGAAUUUUAUCCACUAUGGGCACGAAGCACAGGUUGUGCCUUAUCGACCUUUUCGAAUUGGAUAUUCAACUUGCUCGUUUCUUUAACUUAUCUAACACUCAGUCAAGCUGUUACCAGAUAUGGUAAUUUUGCUGAAUAUUGUUUCGCGUAGGG